GGCCAUGGCUGACCAUGGUUGAUGAUUUGGUAUGACUACCCUUGGCUUCCCCUGAUAAUGACCAGAAUUCAUUACAUCACAGAUCUUUGCAUGGGGUACCAUUUUUCAUUAAUAUAUUAUUCUCUGAAGAAAAUUUUCAUAUUCAAUCUUAAAAAGAUCUGACAGUGUGUAUUUACCCUAAAUAAAAAAAUUUAAAUAACUAUGAUGAGGUCAUCUUAGAGCUGUACACAUGUCAAAACAGUAGAUAUAAAUAGAUAUUGAUAUAAAUAUAGAGACAAGGGUACAAGGAAGUUAUAAAGUCAGACAUCUUUAAAUCUUGAAAUGGCGUUUGCAAGUUCAAUACAAAAAGGUCAAAUUCCAGUUGGAUGUCAGUUAUGUGAAGGUGGAAAUAAGAUUCAAUGGAAAUGUAUCACAUGUGACUCGCUCAUGUGUGACAAAUGCAAGGAUGGGGUCCAUCUAAAGAUUGCAAAGGACCAUAAAAUAUUGAACAUAAAUGACAUAGGAAAACAAGAGGUGUCGAAGGACACAAUUAUAUUCAGUGAUGUAAAGUGUGACGAUCAUUCUCAGCAGGCUUGCUGUCUAUACUGUAAUACUUGUAAUAAGUUUAUCUGUCCAAAGUGUAUCACUAAAGUACAUAAUGGACAUGAGUUAAUUGAAGAAGAAGACUAUAAUAAAGGAAAAGUAGAAAUGAAGACAAAACAGAAAAGUGAAAUUAAGUUAGAAAUAUCCAAAGAAUAUACAGCAGAUCUUAUCUCUAUUCACGAUAUAGCCGUAUGUUCUGAUGGUUCUAUGUGGAUGGCAGAUAAUCUCAGAUCAAAGAUAAAACAUGUCAAACUUAGGGAGAAUAGAACUGUAGUAAUAAGAAGUUUAAACACUAAGAUUUACGGAAUAGCACAAACUCAUUCAAAUAACAUUCUUGUUACAACAACAGGUGAGACUAAACUCCAAUUAAUCAACACCAUGACAGGGGAGAUGACAGAUUCCAGGUAUGAUGUAAAACCAUUGAUACCAACCAGUAUCCAUGUCACCAGUGAUCACAGAGUCAUCAUAGGAGCCUGGUCUGGAGGUAAGGCAUUCCCUGUGACAGGAAGACGUGUAGUGGUGGUGAUGGAUCAGGAAGGAAAACAACUAAAGGAAUAUGAACAUGAUAAUCAUAACAAACGUUUAAUGACCUACCCUGCAUGUGUAACCUGUACCAGUAAUGGUAAUAUCUGUGUGGUGGACUGGUUAGAUUAUGAUAGUAAAGGUAGAGUGGUAGUGUUAUCACCAGGGGGAGACAUUCUAGGGACUUACACAGGUCACCCUGAUGUCAACACUAAGGAUGAACCAUUUAUACCUUUAGGAAUACUAACAACACCAUCAGAUAAUAUCGUUGUUACAGAUACAAACAAUCAUUUAUUGCAUAUACUGAGUGACCAAGGACAAAUUAUUACCUACUACAAUCUCCAUGACAUGGGGAUCUUAGGUCCAUACUCCCUUGCUCUGUCUACAUCAGGAACUAUCUAUUUAGGAUGUGUUAGUGCAGAUGGAAGUCCAAACACUGCAAAGAGCAAACUUUAUGAGUUAAACUAUUCUGGAUUCUAAAGACUUCCCUUGCUCUCUCUACAUCAGGAACUAUCUAUAUUGGAUGUGUUAAUGAUAGCAUGAGUUUGAAUAGGCUGGAUUCUAAAGAUUUUCCUUGCUCUGUCUUCAUCAGAAACUAUCUAUAUUGGAUGUGUUAGUGAAGAAGGAACUAAAAAGACCAAACUUUAUGAGUUGAACUUAGUUCUGGAUUCUAAUGAUUUCCCUUGUACGUCUAAAGGAACUAUCCAUAUUUAAUGUGUUAAUGAUAGCAUGAGUUUGAAUAGGCUGGAUUCUAAUGAUUCUAGAAUUUGAUUUAGAAAUUAAUCUAACAAUGGAAUAUUUUGAAACAAUAGUUAGAAUAAUAUAACAAACAUUAUUGGAAGAGUAGUAAAUUAUGUUUUAAACAUAUAUAUUCUAAUUUUACCAAGACAAUACAUUGUAGAUGAUAGACGAUCUAUACAGAUUUCAAUGCCUUCAAUAAUUGUUUUUGUAUUAUCAUUUUUGAAACAUUAAAUUAUAUUUUCAAUGCUAA